UUGCUAAACCUCAUUUUCAGUCUUACGCUACUCAAGCACACCCAGUUGUAUAUUUAGGGCAAACCUUCGAUCCUUCCCGCCCAAGAACAGUCUCUCAACACACUCAAACCUAAGCUAAACAGAUUGUUCCAGCGUCUCCUGAAUUCACCGCGGGAAAUCUCCAAUGUCUACUUCCAUCGAAUUGGAGGAAGAGAUUGAAGGAGACCAAAUUGGCUCCAAAAAUUAUCGUUUCUCCAAAAUCGGAACACCCGUACCUCUAAAGCCCGACGAGUCUUCAUCCUUCGAUCUCGAAAACCAAUCUCCGCCUUUGCAACCUUUAGUCAUCUCCGAACGCUUUCGACUUCUCUUCAUUGCCCACUCCGAUGGGUUUUGUGUUGCGAGGACAAAGGAGGUUAUGGCAUCAGCACAGGAGAUUAAGGAGAAAGGUAGUGGUCCAUCCAUACAGGAAUUGAGCAUUGUGGAUGUUACUAUUGGGAAAGUUUCGGUACUUGCCUUGUCUGGAGAUGACUCCUUGCUUGCUGCUUGUGUUGGCAAUAAAAUCCAUUUCUUCCCCGUUAGCGCCCUUCUAUACAAGGACCAAACACCAGCCUUUUCUCAUUCUGUCAAGGAUUCAAGUGUCAUCACGGAUAUGCAAUGGGCUAAAAAGGCAGAAAAGGUUUAUGUCGGUCUCUCAAGUGAUGGGAAGUUGUAUAGCGGGGUUGGUCAAAGGCCGAUUAAAGAAGUUAUGGACGAUGUUGAUGCUGUUGGGUGGAGUCCGGAUGGUGAGUUUGUUGCUGUCACAAGGAAGAAUUUGAUUAGCAUUCUAUCAUCAAAGUUUGAGGAGAAGUUCAGCAUAUCACUAGCAUUUAAGUCGCUGCUUGAUGAUUCUAAUGCAAAAUGCAUCAUCAAAGUGGAUGCUGUCAGAUGGAUUCGUCCUGAUUGUAUUAUCAUAGGAUGUCUUCAAGUAAAUGAUGAUGAUGAGGAGGAAAAUUAUGCGGUGCAAGUCAUCACAAGUGAGAAUGGAGGAAUAACUAACCCUUCCGCCAAGCCAGUUGUAAGGUCCUUCAGGGAUGUGUUUCUAGACUUCCGUUAUGAUGCAGUUCCUUUAUGCAGCGGACGCCAUCUCUUCUUGAGUUAUUUGGAUCAACAUCAGCUGGCAUUUGUUGCUAAUCGGAAGAAUCUGGAUCAGCACAUCUUGUUGUUUGGAUGGUCAGUUGGUGAUGAGAAGAAUGAAGCUGCAACAAUUGAAAUUUUGAAUGAUAAUUGGUCCCCAAAGAUUGAGGCUCAAGACAGUGGUGAUGAUAUCUUGAUCUUGGGACUUGCCAUUGACAAAGUUUCCCAAAAUGGGGAAGUUAAACUGUUGCUUGGUGAAGAAGAAAAAGAAGUUUCACCGUGUUGCCUUCUGCUUUGUCUUACCAAUGAUGGAAGGGUGUCAAUUUUCCAUUUUGCUAGUGCUACUGCUGCUUCAGCGCCACCCCAGUCUACUGAUUCUGAAGAGAAGAAUGAUGCUUCUAUAGUGGCAUCGUCACAAGAUGUGCUAGUUGAAUCUUCCAGCGCUCAGAAGCAAAUAGAUCAAGUAGAUUCAGGGCUGCAACCUCAUGAAAUAGAUAGACGACAUAAAAUUGUUGCAACGAAUGCUCUAUCAUCUGCAGCGGUGAAGUUUAGCUCAGAAGAAGCGAUUAAAGCCAGAAAUCAGAACCAAGGUGCAAAUUUGGAACAGUCCACAUCCAAAACAUCUGUACAUGUGGAUGCUGGACGUGUGAGUAAUUUUAGGACGCAAGAAACUCAAAAAGUAGCUGAAGUUAAACCUGGUGCAUUUUCUUUCUCAGGAAAUUCCUUAGGUAACUUUGCCAUUCCUACAAUUGGGCAGAGUACGGGAACUGGUAGUGUCAUGGAGUUACCUGGAAAGAUAAUGUCAACAGGUUCCUCUACUGCUUCGUCCCUCUCAAGCGAACACCGCAUUUCUUCAAAACCUGAUGAAAGACCCUCAUCCACACCAUUCAGUGGUGUUCAAAGAAAAACUUUUGAUUUUUCUGAUAGAAAUUCUUCUGGCUCAAAUGAGACAGCUGGAACUUCAGUAUCAAUUGAUUUUUUCAAGCAGCGAGCCUUGGCAGGUGCAGGGAAUAUUGAGUCAUUACCUGCUUUUCCCGGCUCAAGGUUUCCGUCACAGAAAGGUUUUGUAUCGGAGCCUUUGAAGCCUCACUUGACCAGGGAGACUUGUGAGGGAAUUCCAUCAAAGCAAUUCUGCGAUGUUGAGGAGAUGGCCAGGAAAUUGGAUGGUCUUCUAGAAGGUAUAGAAGGUGAAGGUGGGUUUAGAGAUGCUUCCAUUCGUGCUCACAGGAGUUCAGUUUUGGCAUUGGAGGAAGGCAUAGAGAGUGUUUCUGAGAAAUGCAGGAUAUGGAGAGGGGUAAUGGAUGAGCAACUUGGCGAGAUACAGCUUCUCCUUGAUAAGACAGUACAAGUUUUGGCGAGGAAAGUAUACAUGGAAGGAAUAUUUAAGCAAGCUACUGAUGAACGGUACUGGGAUCUCUGGAAUCGCCAGAAAUUAAGUUCUGAACUGGAGUUAAAGAGGCAACAUAUAAAGGAAGUUAAUAAGAGCUUAACCAGCCAGCUGAUUGAAUUGGAAAAACAUUUUAACACACUUGAGUUGAAUAAGUUUGGUGACACUAGCGGGAUACAAACAAGUAAAAGAGGUUUCCAGAGCAGGCCUGGACAACCCAGGCAUGUCCAGUCCUUGCACAGUUUACGUAAUACAAUGACUACACAACUAGCAGUAGCAGAGCAGCUCUCUGGAAGUCUCUCGAAACUGAUGACUGAUUUGAGCAUAGAUUCUCCUGCAAAAGGUCAGAAUGUUAGGAAGGAAUUAUUUGAGACAAUUGGUCUAUCCUAUGAUGGUGCCUCUUACAACUCUCCAGUUAGGGAAAAGGCUGUAGAUACACCUUUUAACAAAGAAUUAUCAGCAUUUCUUGCUGUUAAAGAGCGAUCCAGGAGAAAGCAAACGAGCCCUAUGAAGAGCGCUGAACCAGAGACAGCAAGGAGACGCCGUGACUCACUUGAUCGGAAUUGGGCUAGCUUCGAACCUCCAAAAACAACAGUGAAAAGGAUUGUCCUGCAAGUAGAUCGCCAGAAGGAUAUUGCAAAUAGGUCAUCUUUGUCACUGGAUAAGAAACAUCACCAUUCUCAGAUGCGAGAAAGAUCAGCGACUGCUCAAUAUAAUAUCUUUAAUGCCUCUUCCACCUCCUCACAGCAACUUAAAAGCAAAGGUCUUCAUGAUAUGCCAGCAAAGCAGUCCACUGAAAAUCCUUUUUUCCAAUGGGCUGAUGGACUUCCAAGACAUGCAGCUGAAAUGCCACCAAUGGGUUCUCCAGUAUCUUUAGUGCAGCAUGAAUCACAGUCAACCGCAGUCACUAGCCAAUAUAGUUCAAUAGAUACUCACAACCUUGCUAAGGAAAGAUCAGGUAGCAGCACGAUACCUCUUAGAGAUACUGUGCAAACAGGUGGACUGAAGGCCAUUCAGCAAUCUGAGAAUAGAAUGCAGCAGCCAAACUCAUCAAAUCCUCCUGCACAGACAUUUACCCCAAUCAAGUUAAUUGAGACUUCAAAUGCAGUUGGUAAACCUGGAAUCACCAAACCUACAAUCAGAGAUUGGAAGAAUGCAGAGGUGACUAGUGAAAGCACGCAGUUUGAAUCUAGCAGUAGUCCUAACUAUUCCUUGCCCACUGCAACUGCUGGUGAUUCUCCCUUCACUCUAUCUUCGAAGGUCAUACACUCUGAAGUUGUGAAUAAGAGCCAGGUUACUGAGAGUCCAUUUUCUUCCCAAGCAUCAACAUGGAGUUCCUCGUCACAAGUAAAAAUCAUGCCAUCAGCAUCUGUGUCUUCUUCACAAGAGCCAAUGUUUUCACCAAUAUCAUCUACAUCAUUUGAUUCCAUUUCUAAAGCCAAUAUGGGUUCUAGUCAAAAGGUCUCUCAAUCUCAAUCAUCAGCUGCUUCCAUGACGCAGUCUUCAUCUCUUCCGAGCACUCAAAAGUUGGAUUCCUUACCCAUUACCCCUCCCUUGGAUGGUGCAAAGUCUGAGUCUCCAACAGUCUCGUCUCUGCCUUCGGUUGCCAUACUUGAUACGAAGGCUGAUAGGAAUUCCGACAGACCACCUUCACUUGCGAAUCAAAGUACGAAGAUUGAUACACCACAAGAUUCAGCUUCACAGCCUCCGGUAUCUGUCAGCGUAUCUAAUUUACAAACUGGACCUUCGGUCCAGUCAAAAUCCACUAACGAACAAUCAGCCAGUUUAAAUUCUGCAAAUCAGAUCAGUUCUGGUGGGAUAUCAAGCGAAAUCUUAGAUGUGGGCUUGAAUACUACACCGGGACAGCCAUUUUCUGCUUCUGCCAUUUCACCACCAAUAGCGACAUCAAGUACUGGUAGUGCAAUUAAUGUGAAAAGUGGUAGUUCAGAUGUUGUCACCCAUGAGGAUGAGAUGGAAGAAGAAGCUCCGGAGAGUAGUCAGAUGACUGAGAAUCCACUUGGAAACCUGGCUGGGUUUGGUAUUGGGACUGCUGCUACUCCAGUUACUGCGAAACCUAAUCCAUUUGGUGCAGUAUCACCCAGUAAAGCUUCAUCUCCGGCAAAUUCCUUAUUUACAAGUACAGCUUCAGGCGGUGAGCUAUUUCGACCAGCAUCGUUUAGUUUCCAACCAAUACAGCCACCCCAACCGUCAGCAUCUGCAAAUUUUGGUGCUUUUCCUGGUUCCACGAGUCAAGCUCCUGCGAUGGGUGGGUUUGGCCAGCCGGCUCAGAUUGGACAAGGGCAGCAAGCUUUAGGAUCAGUUCUUGGUACUUUUGGACAAUCAAGGCAGAUUGGUGCUGGGCUACCCGGAACUGGUGCGGCAUCUGCAAGCUCUUUUGGGAGGGGUUUUGCAAGCAAUAACUCUGCUGGUGGUUUUGGAGGCGGGUUUUCUGGAGUUUCUUCUACUGGUGGUGGGUUUGCCAGUCUGGCUUCUGGUGGUGGUGGAUUCACUGCUGCUGCUCCCGGUGGUGGAUUUGCUGCCGCUGCUGCACCUGGUGGUGGAUUCGGUGCUGCUGCUGCUGCUCCCGGUGGUGGAUUUGCUGCCGCUGCCACAUCUGCUGGUGGAUUUGCUGCUGCUGCUGCCACAUCUGCUGGUGGAUUUGCAGGUGCUGCCACAGCUGGUGGUGGAUUUGCUGCUCCAACAGCUGUUGGUUCAGGCUUUUCAGGCGGUGGUUUUGGAGCUUUUAGCAGCCAACAAAGUGGUGGCGGUGGCUUCCCUGCAUUUGGUGGGAGUUCAGCUGCUGCAAGACCACCUUCUGCACUCUUCACGCAGAUGAGAAAGUAGUUCCACUGACAAAAAUCUUGUAAAGAAAAUUAAUCAGAGAAACAAGGAGGAUAAAUGAGUGUUGUAGAAGUUGUACUUAGUAGAUUGUUUCAGUUCACUCUUUGUUACAAAUUAUCUCCUGUUAUAUCAGUUGUGGAUGAAGCUGAGUGAUGGGACAGACUCUUUGCAUCUUUGUUGUGUAUUAUUUCAUGUCACUUUUGCUCUUGGCGAGUUGGAACUACACUUAUCCUACAGCUUUAUCCCAUGUUUA